AUGAUUUAUUGUAACGAGGACGAGACGCAGCAACACCUGCUCAUGGACUGUUACAGAGCUCAGGAGGUCUGGUCCAUGCUCCAAGGCCUCGGCCUGGCUCAUGAAGACGGUUAUAAAUCUGUGAUGUAUGGUUUGUUGGAUGAAAAGAUGUCUUCUUUAAAAAAAAAAAGCAAAGGAGGAAAAGGACUUGGUAAAGGAGGCGCAAAGCGUCACCGUAAAGUCCUCCGUGAUAACAUCCAGGGAAUCACCAAGCCCGCUAUCCGCCGUCUGGCUCGCCGUGGUGGAGUGAAGCGUAUCUCCGGUCUGAUCUACGAGGAGACCCGCGGUGUGUUGAAGGUGUUCCUGGAGAAUGUGAUCCGUGAUGCCGUCACCUACACCGAGCACGCCAAGAGGAAGACCGUGACCGCCAUGGAUGUGGUGUAUGCUCUGAAGAGACAGGGACGCACUCUGUACGGCUUCGGUGGAUAAACACACUCUGUUGCUUUAUCAACACUAAAGGCCCUUUUAAGGGCCACACA